UGUCACUCGGGAUUCGCUGUGUCCUUGCUAGCUAACGAGCUAGCCGGCCGCUGUAGCGGGCGAACAAAUGUGUUCCGUUUGGCAGGAUGUGUUGAUCUGUGCCCACAAGGCAGAGUUGUAAGGAAGCUGAGCGUUCACCCGUGGUUGACUAAAAACGCCAUGUUGCGUAUCGGGAGCCGAGUUGCGUGUGUGGCCUGUAGGAACCUUGUUUAUGCCAACAUGGGGAUGAGGUUCCGACUUCCCCUGCAGAAGCUCCAUCCCUUGUCCCGUGCCAUUCACCACCGCUACUCUGCUAAUGCUAAUCCCCAGAGACCUCCUCAUCGCACAGCAGCUCGCCACUUCACCUCCAUGUCCAGGUUACCCAUGCGGCCCCCCAAGCCUCCUUCAGGCUCAGGUGGCUGGGGCCACCAGCAGAAGAGGGACUUCUGGGUUGCCCGUUUGGCUGCCAGGCUGCUGAGACUGCGGUACAUUUUGCUGGGCUCUGCAGUAGGGGGAGGAUACACUGCUAAAAAGACCUAUGAUGAGUGGAAGGACCUUCUGCCGGAUUUUAGUGACUAUACCUGGGUCGUUCCCGACUUUGUCUGGGAGCUGAGUGAACAGAUUGAUCUGGACAAACUGGCCAAAGCUCUACCAGAGAUGGAGGAAAUUGCCAAACUACUACCCGACAUGGACAAGAUCGGAGAGAACUUCUCCUUUCUCAAAAGCCUGCUGUCCACCGGUGUGAGUUUGGGUAGUGAAGUCAAAGGAGCCUCUGGUCUGCAUCUUUUGUUAGACACCUCAGGUGAGCCUCCCCUGAAGGCCACAGACACUGCAGCAGUGCCCACCUCAGAAAGUGGGGACAAACAGUACAAGAAGCAGGGUCUGCUCGGCGAGCUCAUUCUCAUACAGCAGCAGAUCCAGCAGCACGAGGAGGAGGUCCGGCGGGCCGCUGCGGCCAAUAACGCGCGACCUCCACCGCCAGAGCCCGUCCCCAGCCCGCCUCCGAACCCCAGUCCCAGCCCCCCUCAGCAGAAACGCAAGUCUUCAGACAAAGAAAAGAUUGACCAGCUUCAAGAGGAACUGCUCCGGACCCAGAUGAAGUACCAGCGCAUGUUGGAGAGGCUGGAGAAGGAGAACAAGGACCUGAGAAAAGUGGUGCUGCAGAAGGACGACAAGGGCAUCCACCAAAGGAAAGUCAAGAAAUCCCUUAUUGACAUGUACUCUGAAGUCCUGGACAUUCUCUCAGACUAUGACUCCAACUACAACACUCAGGACCACCUACCCAGGGUGGUUGUGGUCGGGGACCAAAGCGCAGGGAAGACCAGUGUGCUGGAAAUGAUCGCCCAGGCCCGGAUCUUUCCCCGGGGCUCCGGAGAGAUGAUGACCCGCUCUCCUGUCAAGGUAACACUCAGUGAGGGGCCCCACCACAUGGCCAUGUUUAAAGACAGCAGCAGAGAGUUCGACCUGAACAAGGAGGAAGACCUGGCUGCCCUGAGGCAUGAGAUCGAGUUGAGGAUGAGGAAGAGUGUGAAGGAGGGGCAGACUGUCAGCCCAGAGACAAUAUCCCUGAGCGUCAAAGGCCCCGGCAUCCAGAGGAUGGUGCUAGUCGACUUACCUGGAGUCAUCAGUACUGUGACGGCAGGCAUGGCGGCAGACACCAAGGAGACCAUCUUCAGCAUCAGUAAAGCCUACAUGCAGAACCCCAACGCCAUCAUCCUCUGUAUUCAAGAUGGCAGUGUGGAUGCGGAGCGCAGCAUCGUCACAGACCUGGUGAGUCAGAUGGACCCUCAGGGGAAGAGGACCAUCUUCGUCCUGACCAAGGUGGACCUGGCUGAGAAGAACCUGGCCAGCCCCAAUAGAAUCCAGCAGAUAGUGGAGGGGAAGCUGUUCCCCAUGAAGGCGCUGGGCUACUUUGCAGUGGUGACAGGGAAAGGCAGCAGUGGGGAGAGCAUAGAGUCCAUCAAAGACUAUGAGGAAGACUUCUUCCAGAAUUCACGGCUAGUGCGGGAUGGUAUGUUAAAGGCCCACCAGGUGACCACCAAGAACCUGAGCCUGGCCGUCUCCGACUGUUUCUGGAAAAUGGUGAGGGAGUCAGUGGAGCAGCAAGCUGACGCCUUCAAAGCAUCCCGAUUCAACUUGGAAACUGAAUGGAAGAACAACUACCCACGUCUGAGAGAACUGGACCGGAAUGAGCUGUUUGAAAAAGCCAAGAAUGAAAUCCUGGAUGAGGUCAUCAGUUUGAGCCAAGUGACACCAAAGCACUGGGAGGCCAUCCUGCAGAAGAAGCUGUGGGAGCGCGUGUCUACCCACGUUAUCGAGAACAUCUACCUGCCAGCUGCACAGACCAUGAACCCGGGCACCUUCAACACCACCGUGGACAUCAAGCUGAAACAGUGGACCGACAAACAGCUGCCUCACAAGGCGCUGGAGGUUGCAUGGGAGACGCUGCAGGAGGAGUUUGCCCGCUUCAUGGCCGAAUACAAGGGCAAAGACCAGGACGACAUCUUCGACAAGCUGAAGGAGGCUGUGAAGGACGAGAGCAUCAAGAGACACAAGUGGAACGAGAGGGCGAUGGACAGCCUGAGGGUGAUCCAGCACAAUGCUCUGGAGGAUCGCUCCAUCACAGACAAGCCCCAGUGGGACGCAGCUAUCCAGUUUAUGGAGGAGACCCUGCAGUCCCGUCUCAAAGACACUGAGUCAGUCAUCAGUGACAUGGUGGGUCCAGACUGGAAGCAGCGGUGGCUGAACUGGAAGAACCGAACGCCAGAACAGCACGUCCGAAAUGAAACCAAACACGAGCUGGAGCGACUUCUGAAGCUCAACGAGGACCACACUGCCUACCUGGCCAAUGACGAGGUCACCACCGUCCGCAAGAACCUGGAGGGGCGCAGUGUGGACGUCGACCCUGUUCUGAUCAAGGACACUUGGCACCAGCUGUACCGCCGUCACUUCCUGCAGAAGGCUUUGACCCACUGCAACCUGUGUAAGAGAGGGUUCUACUACUACCAGAGACACUUUGUGGACUCAGAGCUGGAGUGUAACGACGUGGUUUUGUUUUGGAGGAUCCAAAGGAUGCUGGGCAUCACAGCCAACACCCUCCGCCAGCAGCUCACCAACACUGAGGUGCGUCGUCUAGAGAAGAAUGUGAAGGAGGUGUUGGAGGACUUUGGAGAAGACACAGAGAAGAAGACACAGCUCAUCACUGGACGCCGUGUCCAGCUGGCUGAAGAUCUCAAGAAAGUGCGGGAGAUCCAGGAGAAACUUGAAGCCUUCAUAGAAGCUCUCCACAAGGAGAAAUAGGAGAAGCAGGGUCACCAAACCUGCAGACGACAGCGAAGCAACGCACUGAACAAAGACAACCAAUUCAGACCACUUUGUAUAUGGCGGCCUCCACCCUGCUCCCCCAUCAGAUUCUAAUGCCCACCACUCAGUGUGCACACACACAACAGACACAC